UAACACCGAGCCGAGCCCGGGAGGAAGCCCCCGGCGGGGCGGGAUUCGGGCUGAGCCCCCUGUGCCCCUGACUGGGAAUUGCGGGCGGGACGUUCCGGUGGAGCCGAGCGCCAGGAGCCGAACCCCCUGGUGCCCGGGUUGGUGCCACCGCUGCUGGCAGGGAAGGGCCGUCGUGCUCGAGCUGUGCCGAGCCGUGCCCGUGCCGUGCCCGCCCCCGGGCGCGCCUCCUCGGCGGCGCGGGAGGAGGCGGCGCGGAGCAUCGGCGGCGCCCGGGCGGGGAUGGCGGCUCCGGGAGCGCUGGAGCCGGCGGCCGGCCCCGUGCCGGGCACCAAGGUGGAGCUCACCGUGUCCUGCCGGAACCUGCUGGACAUGGACACCUUCUCCAAGUCCGACCCAGUGGUGGUCCUCUUUGUGCAGGUCUCGGGGAGCAGCGAGUGGAAGGAGUUCGGACGCACCGAGGUGAUCGACAACACCCUGAACCCCGACUUUGUCCGCAAGUUCGUCCUCGACUACUACUUCGAGGAGAAGCAAAACCUCCGCUUCGAUGUCUACAACGUGGACUCCAAGAGCUGCUCCGCUUUAAAGCAGGACUUCCUGGGGCAGGCAUUUGUGGCACUGGGAGAGGUGAUUGGGUCCCAGCGGGGACGCCUGGAGAGACCUUUAACGGGGGUCCCAGGGAAGCGGUGUGGGACUAUCUUGCUGCUGGCCGAGGAACUGAGCAACUGCCGGGACAUUGUCACAAUGCAGCUGUGUGCCAACAAGCUGGAUAAGAAGGACUUCUUUGGAAAAUCCGAUCCUUUCCUCGUCUUCUAUCGUAGCAAUGAGGAUGGCACAUUUACUAUCUGCCAUAAGACAGAGGUGGUGAAGAACACCCUGAACCCGGUGUGGCAGCCCUUCACCAUCCCCGUGCGCGCCCUCUGCAACGGCGACUACGACCGGACGGUGAAGAUAGAUGUGUACGACUGGGACCGGGAUGGGAGCCACGACUUCAUUGGGGAAUUUGCCACCAGCUACCGGGAGCUCUCUCGAGCACAGAGUCAGUUCACAGUGUAUGAGGUGCUGAAUCCCAGGAAGAAAUGCAAGAAGAAGAAAUAUGUGAAUUCUGGCACUGUGACACUGCUCUCCUUCUCCGUUGAGUCUGAGUUCACCUUCGUUGACUACAUACGGGGCGGGACGCAGCUGAAUUUCACUGUUGCCAUUGACUUCACGGCCUCCAAUGGUGAGUGCACUUGGUGUCUGGGGGGGUCCCCAUCACCGUGGGGCUGGCCGUGGGGCGGGUGCAAUGGGCACUGUGCUGCAGGGUUGCCAUCACAGCCCACCUCGCUGCACUACGCGAGCCCCUACCAGCUGAGCGCCUAUGCCCUGGCACUGAAGGCAGUGGGGGAAAUCAUCCAGGACUACGACAGUGACAAGCUCUUCCCUGCCUACGGCUUUGGUGCCAAAGUCCCACCUGACGGCAAGAUCUCCCACCAGUUUCCUCUGGUGCGCCCUCCCCGUGGGACAGGGCUGAGAGUGAACCCAGACCCCUGGCUGUGGGGCAGAGCUGGCCUUGGGAGUGCCCACAGCAGCUUGGCAGGGAGGGGAAGCACCCUGGCAACAUUCUGCCCCAGUGUCCCACAGCCUGGGGGACAGCAGGAGCUGUGGUCCCCCACCAAGUGCCCCAUCUCUAUCCCCCAGAACAACAAUGUGGAGAACCCCAGCUGUGCUGGCAUUGAAGGCGUGCUGGAGUCCUACCUCCAGAGCCUGCGCACCGUCCAGCUCUAUGGUCCUACCAACUUUGCUCCCGUCAUCAACCAGGUGGCUGGGAUAGCUGCCCAGGUGACCGAUGGCUCACAAUAUCACGUCCUGCUCAUCAUCACCGACGGUGUCAUCUCUGACAUGCUGCAGACCAAGGAAGCCAUUGUCACUGCUUCCUCCCUGCCCAUGUCCAUCAUCAUUGUGGGAGUAGGCCCAGCUGAGUUUGAGGGGCUGGUGUUUCCAUCCCCGGUGUUCAUCCCACCGAGGCUUGGUGACACCAGCUGUCACCCCCAGCCAUGGAGGAGCUGGACGGUGACGAGGUACGGUUGUCUUCCCGGGGACGGUAUGCUGAGAGGGACAUUGUACAGUUUGUGCCAUUUCGGGAUUACGUGGACGACUCGGGCAACCAGGUGCUGAGCAUGGCCCGCCUGGCCAAGGACGUGCUGGCUGAGAUCCCUGAGCAGCUGCUCUCUUACAUGAAGACCCGUGACAUCAAGCCUCGCCGGGCAGAUCCCGAGUAGCUCUUCCAUGAGCCAUGGGACUGACUGGUGGGGCGAGGAUAUGUCACCCUUUUUCUGCCGGUGGCCAGGGCUUAACCGUGGAGAUGUGACCUCAUUAGGGAGAUAAUCAGCUGCUAUGGUUGGUCAAAACAGGGCUGCAACCCGCUUCUGGCAGUGAGACCACAGGGCUGGACAUCCUCGGCUGCCCCUUUCUCCGGCCCGAUGUCCAGCAGCAGGGCGGGACUGUCCCUCGCCCGUGGCAGUGCGGGGGAGCACGGUGUGUGCGUGUCCCUGGAGAGCAGCCUGGCGUCUGCCGGGGGAGGCUGACCCUGAGUGCCUGCCGGGGUCUCAGCCCCGCUGCUCCCUGGGGCAGCGGCCUCGCCCUGCUCCUGCCUGCGCCCCAUUCCUGCCUGCACCCGCUCCCGCCUGCGCGCUCUCCUCCGGCUCCGCUAGCCCGCCUGCCCCGGCCCUGCCCGCGGCCGGGGUGCCGGGGCGGAGGGCAGGCGGGUCUCUACCGCGUUACCGACUGUAAA